UUUCAUUAUUGAGACGUCCACCGGCCGUCUUGGAGCAGUCUUUGGUCCGCGGGGAGCGCCAGAGAGCAAGCCGCGGGUGCGCUAUUAAGCGCGGGUGAUCGAAAGGGUGGGGAGACCGCCUCAAGAUAAUUGCACAAAGUCUCCCAGACAGAUAGAAGGCAUUAUGUUACGCCCCAGCGUGCCAGAGCACGGUGGUGGAUUCCUUGCUGCUUUCAGCCGUGUACGUCUACAUCACGGUGACACUUGGAUACCCUUUGUUCAGCGCCGCGUGGGGUCACAUAGGCGACAUUGCUACAUUCGACGAUGAUCCAGACGAGUGGUGGUGGGUGGCCAUCAGUUACAUCGCGGCGCAUCUCGAUGCCCAUCUCUAUGUCUUCAUGGGCGCUUGCUUGGCCACGGCACACCGACUCUGCACUGGCCGCCGCCUUUUCGUGCGCUAUUCUGGGAAGACGUUGGUCAUAGUCGAUUGCACGGUCAAUUACAAGCUGCUCCGCGCCUAUGUGUCCAAGUUGCGUGCGCUUGCAUUCCGGUUCACCACGUUUGGCGUUCUGGGCCAGAACGGCGAGGAUCACUUCGUGCAUGAGAUGACCCACCUGACCACGUCCGAUGUGAUCAUUCUCGCUGGCCGCGCCGACGGUCGCCUCGGGACGCUUGCCUCCAUGGAGGCCGCCAGCAUCAUGUCCCUGCAGCAGGCGCGCUUCAUCGCUGCGAACCCGAACACGGGCGUUGAGAUCGUGUCCGUCGGGCACAACCCUUGGAUGAAGCCCGGCCUCUUCCAGAAGUCUGUCACGCUGUCCUCUGAGCACAGGCCAGCGUUCUAUUCUCAGAAGCUGCUGCGCAGUGAGUUUGGUGGGCACGCUCCUGCGGACGUGAUGCAUGGGGUUGCCAUGCUCGUCGAGGGGGACUUGAGCGGUGCCAGCACGCGAGGCAACGAGGCUCCGUUCCAGGAUGUGCGGAUUGAAGAUAUCCAGCAAAAGAUGAGGUCCCAAACGAUAGAUUUCGAUGAUGCCCAAGUUGUCAUAAGCGAAUUCGUCAAAGAGUACUCGACAGUUUUGGAUAUCGAGCCUGAGGACUUCGACAUCACGCAGGUUCUCGACGACGUUGCAGUGCAUCUGACAAGCUCGCAGGUCCGGAAGGGCAGCAGAACCAUCCGCGGACACGCUCCACAAGCGGCAUCUGCAAUAGCGACGAACAUGUGCGACACGGUGGUGAAGAAGUUGAGCCCCGUCAAGUUCUUCGCCCGGCAGGAAUCCACUUUGUCUCAGCAUCCUCCUCAGAAUGAGCAGCCGCAGCGCGAGGAUUCGAGGUCUUCGGGAAUCUUUAGCAAUGGGAGUGAGAUGGCUACACUAUGCCAGGGUCCGGAGACGUUCAGUACCAGAAGUCUCAGUUCUAAGAGGAAGACCGGCGUCUUCAAGUUCACCGCCUCGAACAUCAUGGCGGUGCUCCGCAGUCGCAAUAUGGAGAAGAUCAUCGCGCAGAUGCAGCUGGACCAGCAGAAGAGGUUUGCGCUGGCCAGGCACAACAUGGGCGACGUCGCAGGAAAUGCCUGGAGCGUACUGAAGGCAUGCUACGAGGAGUGGGCUGACUUCGUGGCGAAGAGGGGUCAGGAGCGUGCCGACAGGCAGACGGAGAACUUGGCCUCCUGCAUGGCCGAGGUGAACGCGACACAGCCCCUCGCGCUGCCGAAGCAGGCGGCGUGGCGGACGCAGGAGGAGUUCCGGCAGCGGAAACGCCAGUGGAUGAUGCACUACAGCGCGUUGCCGUUCUCGAUGCCUUACUCGACCCACCGGUGCUUCGACUUGUGGAGGGAGAACGUGGAGACCAUGAAGGCCCAGACCGCCAUGAGCGAAGCCCCAACCUCCAAGGUGGGCAGCAUGCGGGGCAUGCAGAGCCUCGGCUCGCGCAUGUUCGGCCAGGCCAGUUCGAUAAAGCACAGCCCGAGCAAGACCUACAGCCCGACGAAAAAGUACAGCCCGAGCAAGACCUACAGCCCGACGAGAAAGCACAGCCCGAGCAAGACCUACAGUCCGACAAAGAACAACGGUAACAGGCUGACCUGGGACAGCGCCACCAGGAAGACUUCGAUGCUAGACCCCGCAGGCACCCAGGACGCCGUGAUCGGCGAGCAGAGCGGGUCCAAGGCCCGCGUCAAGAAGGGCGCUGGCGGCAAGCACAUGAUCGCCGAGCUCGGCUACAUGGAGGGCAUCUACGAGACGCGCGUCGCCGCCGCGGAGAGGCUGCUCGCCUUCUACGUCCUCUUCCACGCGGCCGUGCGCCCCGUCUCGCGCCUCUGGGGCCUCAGCUUCGACAUGGACCGCAGCGAGUCCAGGCUCCGCGUCGCCUCGACGCCCGCGCCCGUGCCCUUCGUCGAGAGCGUGGACGCCGACGGCCUGGGCCACGACGGGGCGGCUCCCUCGGCCGACCCCUCGGCUGCCCAGCGGGCCUCGGACGACGCGGGCGGGUCCGAAGACGCCCGGCGGGCCUCGGUCGAGACCUCGUACGACGCGGGCGCGUCCAAGCCAGAUUGGACCGAGAGCUCGGACUCCAGCACAGUGGGCAUCUGACGAGCAGCUCGGCUGGGGCCACGGUGGGGGUCCCCUCACCGUCGGACUGUCGGGCCAUCGUUCCUUGGCGGCCUCGUUCGGAGUCGGCCUUUUCUGGCAGCCUGCUGAUAUAACUACACUUCAAGAGUUUCCAGAGCUUAGUGUCUCGAUGAUUGGGCCAUGGUUCACAGAAGGAAAAACAUAGAAGAAUGGUAACAUGCGACAGUAUAGAAGGAAAACUUACGCGACGGAUGCAGCAAUACAAGGUCGCUGAUUGGACCAUGGCUUACAAAAGGAAACAUGGCAUGGGCACAGAGAGUCAUCAACAUGGAAGCUUCAGAAUGGCCGACACAGGUGGUAAAUUGGACUCCACAUCUUGAUCUGGUCUCGUCAGCCCGCCGACGCCCAGGGCGUCCAAAAAACUCGGUGGACAGACGAUACCAAACAAUGUGUGCAGACAGCUAUUGGAAACAACAGAUGGGUACAAGUGGCAAAAUCACCAACCUGGGGUGGGCGUAGGCCCCCCCCCUCCAGCCGCUCCCUCGCGGAGCCAUGCAGCCGGAAUGGAGUUCCAAAUCGCUCGCUCUAGAGGUGGGGGGGACUCCAGAUCUGAUGAAAAUCUUGAACUUGGGAUAAGUUCUAUUCGUUCAGCGAAAGCUAUAUGAACUAAUGACAAUAAAUGUGGAUAUAGUUUACUGCUCGUGUGAAU